AUGGUCCACUGUGGCAUCAGCAAACUUCGCUGGCAGAUAAAGACAGAGUCGAGGACUGGCCCGAAGUUGCGAGUCCGAACACAUCACGGCCUCUUUCUUCAGUCUCGUCCACCCGCAAGCUUUAAGGCCAGCCGGUUCCCGUCCCCCCGUCCCCCGUCUCCGUCCCCGACCUCUUUCGGUUCUACCACACCCGCCUCCUCAGGUUUUUGGUCUCCCGCCAGUAGAGCGAGCGGCAUCAACAUCGCCAUGAGAGCUCAAAGCAGCCUCCAAGGCCUCCUGAGGGUCGUGGUCGCCACCUCAUGCCUUGUUACCGCCAACCCCAUAUCACCUCGGUGGACUGUUGGCCAGCCGGUCACCACCACCAGUGGUUCCGUCGGGGGUCACGCCGCCCCCGGCGCAGACCAGGUGUCCGAGUACUUGGGCAUUCCUUACGCUCAACCGCCCGUUGGGGCCUUGCGCUUUCAGCCGCCCGUCAAGUACAACGGCUCCUCUCCAAUCAAGGGCUCGGCAUUUGGACACCAGUGCAUGCAGCAGUCUAGCGCGCCUGCCUCCAUCGAGGCCAUCAAGCAGUUUGGGAUUCCUGCUUCUGCCGCUGCUGUGUCCAGAACCCUCGGGGACACAGGCUCUCAGAGCGAAGACUGCUUGACCUUGAACGUGUGGACCAAGCCGCAAACCGGCGAUGCGAAAAAAGCCGUGCUGGUUUGGAUUCACGGUGGCGCCUUCAUCAUCGGGAGCGCCCGAGUCCCAGCUUACGCAGGAAAGGUCCUUGCUGACGAGAACGACGUGGUGGUGGUGUCGAUGAACUACCGCCUCAACAUCUUCGGCUUUCCGGGAAACCCCGUCGCCGCCCCCAAUCUUGGGUUUCUCGACAUCCGCAUGGCUAUGGAAUGGGUUCGGGACAAUGUUGAAAAGUUUGGCGGCGACGUCAACAGAAUCACCAUGUUCGGCCAGUCUGCCGGCGGCUCUUUGGUCGACUACUACUCGUACGCGUAUGCGUCCGACCCCAUCGCCAACGGUUUCAUCCCCAUGAGCGGCGUUGCCAAUGGGUUUGGCGUCUAUACCAAUGCGACCGUGAACGAAAAAUGGUUCCAGGUGUCAUCAAGACUUGGCUGCGGCAACAACUUGACAGACCACAAGGCCGUCUUUGACUGCGUGUCGAAGAAGAACGCAACGGAUCUCAUUGCUAUUGUCGCCAACACGACUGGUUCGGUGGCGGGUGGGCUCACGUUUGCUCCUGUCGUUGACGAUCGUCUCAUCUUCGGCGACUACAGCAUCCGCGACUCGGCCAAGGCGGGAUACCUCAUCGGCAACACUGACAACGAGGCUGGCUACUUUAAGAUCGCGGCCCCUGCCGCCAACGAAACCUACUGGUUCGGGUUCAACCUCGUUGUUUACACGUGCCCCGCCGCACGAAGGGCGGCACGGGCAGUGUCUGCCGGCCACCCGACAUGGCGAUAUCGCUAUUUCGGCGACUUUCCCAACAUGGCCAUCAGCACGACGCCGCCCAGCGGGGCAUGGCACACAUCCGAGGUCCCUGUCCUCUUCGGCACGGUGCCGCAGGACGUAAUCAAUAGUACGGCGCAGCAGAUCGCCGUCGGCAAGUACAUGCGCGGGGCGUGGGCGGCCUUCGCCAAGGACACGACUUCCGGUCUCCUCAAUUACAAUUGCCACGGCACGUGGCCGAACUACCAGGCGGAUGGCGACACUCUGAACCGAAUUUCGUUCCAGAACCAAACGGGCGCGAACUUGGCGCCCGGAAACACCUACGACGGGUUAUGCGCGCAGAAUUUUCACCACGCCCCCAUUUUCGUAUUGCGACGCAAUGUUGAGAAGAGAGGAGAUCCUGGGACGGUCGACCCCAAACGUGUCAACCACCUCAUCCCGGUUAUGGAACGCUCUGCUCCCCCGAUUGGCUACGGAAAGCUAUCUAUCUUCUCGGCGGGCGGAAAGAGAGCGAGCGGGCCCAUCGGAACCGCUCCGAAAAUGGAAAAAGAAAAAAACACUUGCCCGGCCGGCCGAUGGACAUAUUUUGAGUGGACACGGUUUCUGAUUCAACCCACUUACUCGCCACCUUUCCACCCCAAUUCGGUCACAUCUCUCGCUUUAUUCGCUAAUUUCUUUCCCUUCAACAAGACCGUCGACAUCAUAUACUUUUACCUGCACCCUCGACACGAAUGUCGGGCAAGCGUGACUAUCGGUGUGCGAUAUGCGGUGGUCCCUUUCGAUCCAACAUCGCUCUCCGCUCGAGGUCGCGAGACGAGGAACAUCCAGACGGGCUGGGUGAUGAUUUGCCGCAGGAAUGGCAAUAUGACGGAUUUGACCCUGCCCACUACCACCGAGAAGAUGUUGAAUGGCUGGAGAAAGCCCGCAUCCUUGCCUCCAACUCGACCGCUGGAGUCAGCACAACUAGAGCCUUCGUUUCGGGCGUUGGUGACAUCGGACCGAGGUUCGGGCACGUCGCGAUCGGUGACAGAGGCGGCGACCCCCUUUCCGUUCCAUCCAUGCUGUUAUGAGUUGCUCCUUCUGAACUUCUCCGAACAGCACGGCGUUCAGGCCGCGCAGCUGGACAAAGAUGUGCUAUACAAUGUCAUGUUUGAGCUGAUGACGCCGUCGGUGGAGGACACGCUUUUCUUGGAUCUCGACUAUGGCAUGGAUAUAGACAGAGCAUUCGACCCCAAGCCUGGUCACAGGGACCCCGUCACCGUUGUUCCGCUGAUCGGUGCCCCUGCUGCGGGUACGUUCUACGAUCUAAGUCCAUACGCCGCCAUGAGGCCCGUCAAUACUCAAGAAUAUUCUUCCGUUGUGGGGGGUAUUCCACCUGCGGGCCCCGAUGCUCUCGCCAAGCUACCACUCGAGGUCUUGACUCUAAUCGCCUCGUUUCUCGACACGAGAUCCGUCUUUCAGCUCAUCAAGACCUCGCCGACGGUGUUCUCAGCCGUCGUGCGGAACCGGUGUUUCUGGAAACGUCACCUCCAAGUCUGGUACCGAUGGUACUUUGAAUGGCAGGCAGUUUUGCUCAAAGACACGGAUCCUUUUCUCAAGCAAGCCGACCUGAUGCAGGUCGCCUUCAACCUCGACCGGCCAGGGGAAUCGGAUCUCAUUUCAGACAUGAUCAUGACAAACCGACGGCGCAUAUGGGGCGUCUGCGACCAGCUUGCCCGGCGUUAUCUGUCACGACACCGGCUGCAAAAACGCGACUCGGCAAGGCUUCCCGCGCCCAGUGGUAUCAUAGGACCUGUUCGUUGCAGCCAGCCUGCCGUGGUGCAGCCCCGGCCGGCCGGUGCGAGACUAGACCUCGCGGAUGCGUAUUGGGUCAGAUCAGUCGAGGAUCAUCGGCACCCUCGAGUCUUUGAAGCCUUCUUUGACGCCGAGAAUGGACUGGUAGGCCUGUCGCUUGCCCCCGUUGGGCAACGCAGGUACUUCGGACGACAAGGCAUCGAUGCCUUGGAUGUAGACCUGGAGGAGGUCCAAGCCCGGGGGUGCGGGAGUGCGAAAGAUGCGGUUGAAACCCGUCCAUCUCGCUCCGUGAACGAGACCAGUCGUUCCUGGAAGCACACGGCCGACAUUGCGCCAGGCCAGGCCAUCAAAGGUCUGAUCUUGCAUGUGCAGGGGACAAACGCCCAGACGUACAGGGUAUCAUGGACGGUGCAACCGCCGUCCAGGACGAUUGGCGCUAUCCCGACGUACAUCUGUGGCCUCACAAUUGUUUAUCUCGAUGGAGAAACGGUUCUUUUAGGCAGCGCUGGUGACCCACAGGCACUAGGUAAUCUCUGCCAUCGACCUCUGAUGGUCCCAGAAGCAAGCCCAUCAUCCAGGAUGUACUUCGAGCUCGUUGGGAUGAUGGGCCAGACCAUCGGUGAAAUCGGAGAAGAAAUGAUGGCCAGCCUCGCAUUGCUAUACGCAUCGAGGCCGAGUCGUGAAGCCUCGCUUGAUAUGAGCGAUGGAGAAUUCUGGACUGCCUAUCAAAAUCCACUCGCAGCCCAUCUGUGGAAGGACAACUCAGCUACGGUGCUUGGCGAUUGGGUCUGGGAGCUUGAACAUUGGCUCACCCUGAACACACUGCCACGAAGCGAUUUGCCGAGGAUGGGAUUUCCUUGCUCUCACUCCGACACCAUUCCGAAAGAGAUGCUUCUCUGGGCUCGCACUCCCAGCGAGGUUCCCGUCCACGACCUGAAGAGGCUGUCUGGGUGGCUCGUCCUCCGACACGUCGGAGACAUGUACGCCGACAUUUACGAGCUCUGCGGGCUACGCGCGGAAUACAGGUCCUCCAGGGCGACGGAAGUUAUCGGAAUGACCGAGAUAGACGGACGAUCGUGGCCGGAGGACGAGCUCGUCCACUUCGAGAUCGACGGCGGCGGCGGAGAGUGCGUCAGCGAGAUCGGUGUGGCUUCCGCGUUCGGCGAGCCGAGCUCACUCUAUAUGCGGACGAACCGCGGCCGCGAGGUGGUAUUCGCAAGACCGUCGAGUGCCCGGGAAGCAGCAUCCUGCCGGCGCGUGAGAAUGAGUCCGCCCGGGAGCAGCGUCGUCGGGGUUGUUCUGGCUUUCGGGCGGCCCGGCGGGUGGGAUGUAGACACCGAGGAUGAGGAGGAGGAGGAUGAAGGCCAUCCUCUCGAUACCGAAGUACGAGCCCCUAUUCUUCAUCCCGCAUGGAGCAAACACAGCUGGUUUGUCAUGGCGACAUCUCGUUUGCCGCCACUUGGUGCCCGUCGUCUUUUCCAUACCCAGCAUGGCCUUUUGGCAGGCCUAAACGCAGGACGCCAAUCUUUCUCUCCAUUCCCGAACUCCUUUAGAGGCAGCGAUCGUGCUCGUUUGCGGUAUCAUUUGCGAUUCUCAACAAUGCCGCCCAAGGAACCGAUCGAGUAUGAAUGGAUUGACGGAGUCGAGUGUCUGGGAUUGUACGAGCCCGGCGGCUACCAUCCUGUGAUGAUUGACACCCUCCUACACGGCCGCUACCGGAUCGUGGACAAGUUGGGAUUCGGCGGCUACUCGACCAUCUGGCUCGCCCACGAUGUCCAACUACAACGCUACGUCGCUGUCAAAGUGAACAUCUCCGGACCCUCGCUUCCUCGACGCGAGCCCGCCAUUCUCCGCGCCCUGUCCGCGGCUGACGCGACGCCAACCCCGUCGACUGUCCACACGGCGGCCAUCGAGGCCUGCGACGCCAUCCCGUGUAUCUUGGACGAGUUCGAGAUCCGGAGCCCCAAUGGAACCCAUGCGUGUUAUGCCGUGGCCCCCGCGCAGGGCAACCUUAGAGAAGCCUCGUUUAGUCGCCUGUUCCCCAUCGACGUCGCCAGGGCACUUGCGGCAAAGCUGGCGCUUGCUGUCUACUUUGUUCACUCGCAGGGCAUCGUCCACGGCGAUAUCCAUCUCCGAAACGUCUUGGUGAAACUCCCAUCGUCGUUCGACGACCUCUCGGUUGAUCAGUUCAGGCACAAGUUCAGCGAGCCCGAGACGGCGCCCAUCCGCCGCGUCGACGGGAAGCCGCUCUCCCCCAACGUCCCGACGCACGCCGUCAUGCCUCUGUAUCUCGGGAAAAAGGCCCAGGACUUCACCCUGGACGACGCACGGGGCCUGAUCCUCGGCGACUUCGGCGAGGCGUUCGCCCCGGCCACGGAGCGGCGUCUCGGGAAGCACUGCAACACGUCCGUGGCGAAGAGGGCGCCCGAGACCCUCUUCGAGCCCGACGCGCCCGUGUCGUACCCGUCGGACGUCUGGGGCCUGGGGCUCGCGAUGUGGGAGAUCCUCGGCAUGAAAGCCCUCUUCGGCGAGUCGGAAACGCGGGACGAGGUCGUGGCCCAGCAGAUCGACGUCUUGGGCUCGCGGGGGUUUCCGCCGGCCUGGGUUCGGGAGUGGGACGGGCCGCCGCAUGGUGGGGAAGAAGGGACGCCUCGCCGGCUGGCGAUGGAUGACCGGGAGACGUGGCCCCCUCUCGACGAGGCGUUUGAAGAGUUCGGGCAGAAGUACAGGAGGAGACGAGGGACGGCUGGGGUCUUUGGAGAGGAGGAAACACAGGCGGUGCUUGGCCUGAUGCGGGGCAUGCUCGAGUUCCGGCCCGAGGACCGCCUGACAAUACAUGAGGUCCUGGGGUCCGAAUGGAUGGUCAAGUGGGCGAUGCCACAAUUGGAGGGCAUUCAAGGAUUUUGA